UAAUGGUGGGAGGGUAUUUUUCUAACUGGAAAUCUGUAACAAGUGGUGUACCAAAUGGAUUAAGAAUGGAAACUUUAUUGUACACAGUUCCGGUUGCUACACUACAUAAAAGAAGGAUUUUGAAACAGUGGAGAGAUGCAAAAGAGAUUCACCAGGAUGUUGCCUAGCACGGAGAGCUGUCAGGGUUUAUUCUCACUGGGGUGACCUUGUCGAGUUUUGUAAACUUAUGAGGGACAUUAAUUGGAUAGAUAGUCAGGUUCUUUUAUUCCCCGGACAGGGCAGUGGAGUCUUGAUCUAGAAAGUGCAGGUUUAAAAUGAAAGGUGAGGAGCUUAAAGAAGAGCUGAAGGUAAGUUUUUCACGCAGGCUGCUAGUUGUUUGAAGUGAGCUGCCAGAAGAGGUGGUAGAUACAGAAAUAAUUGCAGUUUUUUUAAGGGCAAGCAUGGCAGGUUUCCCCUUCCUCGAGGAUAUUCAUGAAACAGAAUGAAAGUUUAAAGCUCAAAGUAAAUUUGUUAAAGUACAUAUGUCACCAUAUACAUUCCAGAGAUUCAUUUUCUUGUGGGCAUGCUCAAUAAAUCCAUAGAAUAAUUACCAUAACAAUCAAUGGAAGACCACACCAACUUGGGUGUUCAACCAGUAUGCAGAAUACAAAAGAAAGAAAUAAUAAAUAAGCAAUAAAUAUUGAGAACAUGAGAUAAAGAGUCUUAGAAAUGAGUCCAUAGGUUGUGGGAACAUUUCAAUGAUAAUAACUGUUCCUGAGCUUGUGGUGUGAGUUCUGAGGCUCCUGUACCACCUUCCUGAUGGCAGCAGUGAAAAGGGAGCAUGACCUGGGUGGUGUGGAUCCCUGAUGAUGGUGUUUGAGCUAUGCCUAGCCACACAGUCAUGGGUAUACAGAGAGUAGAGCAGUGGGCUAGCACACACCCCUGAGGUGCACCAGUGUUGAUCGUCAGCAAGGAGGAGAUGUUAUCACCAGCCCUCACAGAUUGUGGUCUUCUGGUUAGGAAGUCGAGGAUCCAAUUACAGAAGGAGUCCCCAAGAAUUACUUCCAGAAUCGAGAAUUUUCCUUCACCUUGAAAGAUGACAUCUACGUACGUUACCAGUCCUUUAGUAAUCAGAAUGAAUUGGAGAAAGAAAUACAGAGAAUGGUUCCUUGCAAGAUUGACAUUGGAGCUGUCUAUUCUCACAAGCCUAGUCAACAUAACUCUGUGAAGUCAGGGGCCUUCCAGGCAGAGAGUAAAGAGUUGGUCUUUGAUAUUGAUAUGACAGAUUAUGAUGAUGUCCGAACCUGUUGUAGCUCUGCAGACAUUUGUCAUAAUUGUUGGACACUGAUGACUAUGGCUAUUAAAAUUCUGGAUAGAGCGUUAGAAGAGGAUUUUGGGUUUCUGCAUCGCCUCUGGGUAUAUUCUGGUCGAAGAGGGGUGCAUUGCUGGGUCUGUGAUGAAAGUGCUCGGGGACUUUCCCAGGCAGCGCGGUCAGCUGUCGCAGAGUACCUGAGUGUGGUUAAGGGUGGGAUUGAUACCGUUAAGAAAGUACAUCUGACAGAUCCCAUUCAUCCUUCUAUUGAGGAAGCACUCAAAGUGAUAAAUGGUUAUUUUGAAGACUAUGUCACGAAUAAACAAGAUCUUUUCGGCACAAAAGAAACUUGGAAGAAGGUCCUAGUUUUGGUCCCUGAUGAGAUUCGAGAGGGACUGCAAAGGGAUUUUAUAAAAGCACGGAAUUCAGUUGAGCGCUGGAACUUAUUACAACAGAAUUUGUCCAAAGGUCCGAAAGGCUUUCACAUGGAAGAGAUACAGCUGCAGUACUGCUAUCCUCGCCUGGAUGUGAACGUUAGUAAAAGUAUCAACCAUCUGCUGAAAAGCCCUUUCUCUGUUCAUCCCAAAACAGGCCGCAUUUCAGUGCCCAUUGAUUUGAAGAACGUGGAUAAAUUUGAUCCCUUUAAUGUGCCCACAAUAAGUUUGCUUUGCAAGGAACUUGAUCAGAAAAUUGAGGAAGAGCAAGAGAAUGUAAGCAUUGAGAAUGGAGGGGAGCCAGAGGCGAAGCGUCGCACCAGAGAUUAUAAGAAGACGAGUCUCCUGGGGCCUAUAAAGAUUUUUGAGCAAUUCAUAGAGGAGAUGGAGAGGUCACGAAAGGGUUUGCUGCUGGAACAGAGUGAUAGAAAAGGAGAGUUUUAAUCAUAACAGAAUGUCUUCUUGAAAGUUGAUACCACCUUAAAUCCUGUCUCAAGACCACCACAUCUCAAGAUCUGGAGAUUAAAACUGCUUGCCUUCUGCACCUUGCUUCUGUAAUGUAAUAAAUGUUGAAGUUUAUCAACAUUAUUCAAAAUACUUUGCAUCAAUUCUAGAUGACUUUCAGGUGACAUGGCGAAUGGAGUAAUUCAAAUCUACAAAUACUGUACUAUGUAGCCCUCUGUAAUCAUGCUGUUAUCUAAUAA